AUGUUAUAUGGCCAGUUUCUUCGAUGCUUUUCCCGGAAGGUUAAAGCGGCAGUUAAAGUUCCAAACAGUAAAGACUUCACAAAUCGACCAAGAUCUUUCGAUAGGAAUUUCCCGGUACAUGAGAGAAAGAAGGCUUGGGAACGUGAUGGUGUACAAAAAGAUGAAUGGUUCAGAAAGAAGUACGCUGGAGUUCAUGCUAAACAACUUGCUAAGGAGAAGGCGGACCCAUACGGUAAAAGAGCAUCACAUAUAGAAAAGAUACGGAAUGAAGAGCAUCGUAAUAGACUACAAUACCUACAGCAUAAAGCACAAUAUGCAAAAAAGGAUGCUUAUCAAGGUUUGAAGGCAAACCCACUAAUGGAAUAUCUAUAUGGUACUAAUAGUGUGUUGGCAGCGUUGACUGCCAAUAAACGUGAAUAUUUCAGUCGACUGUUAUACCAUGGCUCGCUUAAUCAUGAGAUUGCGUCACUCGCCAAAGAUCUUGAAAUAAAGAUAGAAGAAACCGAUAAGCAUAGACUAAAUCUGCUUACGGACUAUGGUGUGCAUAAUAAUGUCACUUUAGAGUGUAAACCGCUGCAAAAGAUGGAAAUUAGUCAUUUGGGUGCUUGUAAUCCAGAAUUAGGAGAAUUUGAAUAUACUGAGGUGUUCUUUGGUGAUCAACAACCGAAACCUAGAAAGUUCUUACAGACUGCUACGAAGGAAUAUCCUUUGGGUAUAUAUUUGGAUGAGGUUGUCGAUCCACAUAAUAUAGGGUCUAUUAUUCGUAGUGCAUACUACUUGGGCGCUGACUUCGUAGUAUUGUCCAGGAAGAACUGUGCACCUCUGUCACCAGUAGUUUCCAAAGUCAGCAGCGGUGCAAUGGAAGUGUUGGAUGUGUAUACUACUGAUAAACCAUUGCAAUUUAUCGAGAAGUCUAAGAGUGAAGGUGGUUGGACUUUUGUGUCCAGUUGUUUAACGAAAGACAUAGAUGGAUCAUCAAAACUAAGUAAGGUCGAGCUACAAGAUCUUAAUACGAUGGUUCAGAAAUCCCCUGUGAUUUUGGUGGUCGGGAACGAAGGUAAUGGUAUUAGGACGAAUAUUAUAAAUAGAAGCGACUUUUUCGUUCAAGUACCGUUCGGAAGAGGUGACAAAGCUACACAUGUUGAUUCCCUUAACGUUGGUGUUGCAACUGCUAUUCUUCUACAAAACCUGCUAACCUGA